CUCAGCAUUACGUCGAUGAGUAUCUGCAAAAAAGAAAUUAUCGAUUAAGCACUGACCGAUAGCCUGAAUGUUUAUGAAUGUUUAUCUACGUAUUUAAAAUUAAUUUUUAUUGCUAGGUAAGGGGAAUAAUUCGCGAUCGUCGAUAUUACGUGGUAUGGGACGCGUGAUAACGAAAUGUCUUGGGUUAUUCAUUUAUUUCGCUCGCUUUUAUCUUUGCAAUUCGAUAUUAGCUUAUCUCCGAUGCUGAUCUCAUCGUGAACUUCGUCGAUUAAAACGCGACCUAGUUGCAUAAAACAGAUCUCUGUUCGAAGAAUGACACGCAGUAGAACAGAUAAUUCGCGAUAGUAGAUUGAAGAAGUGGUGAAUCGAUAGUGAUAUUUUGAUUUUAAUCAUAGUUGAAAGGCGAACGACCACAUACCGAUCGACCCUACUAAGCUCGAAAUUUGCUGCUGUGUAAACAUCCGGCGAAUUCGAGGAACUUGAUAAACGCUCACUAGAAGCGACGAGUUGUCUUUAUUGAAUUUUGCGCCAAAUUGUCGGCUUCCUUUGGAAUUGCUCGGUCAGGAGAAAUAUCGCGUGUCUAUCGUUGGGUCCACAGCCACGAAUAUUCGAAACACCCGAAGGUAGGAGCGAUGGGUGUAUGCUCACUACGUCAAUAAAAACGUCUUCUUCGCAAUUUUUUGGAACUUUUGUGUUCACUGAAAAAUAAAUUAAGCACCUCGAUCAGAAGCUUCGUAAUAUCGUCGAGACGUCUCGCCAAUCGUUGACCACUUUCGCCAAACCUUAGAAGAAAAGGAAGCGGAGGUUGGAACUAUAAUCGAUCGUAUUAAGCAGGGGCUAGAAUACGCGAUACACAAGAGCCAACUCGACGAGGAUUUUCGGCUCCUCGACAUCGAGGCGCGGGCGUUCAUAGACAUGGCGCAUCAAGUCGAGUUUAUCUCUAAACUUGAAGCUCUAAAAGCGAGACUCAACACCACCAUCGAUAACUACCUAAUUAUUCGCGCACAAGCGCCUGCGGCCAUACCAGUAAAGCCGAAAAAGAAUGUUCACCUGCAACGUAUUACGGUUCCAAUAUUCGAUGGAAAGCUUAUGGAGUGGCGGUCUUGGUGGCAGUUGUAUCAAACAGCAGUCCAUAAUGACAACGAACAUAGUGACGUCGAAAAAUUUACGUAUCUGCUCACGUUCAUUGGUCCCGAGGUGAAACGAGUACUGGGAAAUUUGGAUCCUACGGCAGAAAAUUAUCCGAUAGCCAUUGAUAAGAUAGUCGAUAAAUACGAUAAGCCAGAGCUACUUAAGGCCGCUUACUAUAAGGCAUUAGAAGAUACUCACGAAAGCACCACUCCAACUGCUCACCGUCGUAAUAUUGAGUCUAUUUCUUCCAUCAUUGCGAAUUUGAACGCAAUCGGGGUUCCAGUGGAUCAGGAUAUCUUACGUACAAAGGUACUUAGUUGUUUCCCUUCUGACCUGGUUCUCUGCGCCUUGAAACGUUUAAAAAAGGUGAAGGCGAGAUCCGGGAAUGAUCUGUCGUUCAAUGAGUUAAAUACGAUUAUCGACACUUUGGACGAACGGAUCAAACUACUGGAGCAAGUAGACUUAAUUAAAAAAUCGAAAAAAGCUCAAUCGAAUUCGUCUACGUCUAACACAAAUGCUGUCACCUCCGAGGAAGCUAAUAAUACUGUUGGCGCUUCACUGGUCACAGCUUCGAAUCCUUCGAACGAAAAGAAACGUAAUCGCAAGCGUAAGGCCACUGGGCAGAAUGUUGGUGCCGCUCAAAUGCCGCCGCCUCCGCCUCCGCCGUCGACGAAGCGAAUUACGAACCAAAUUCCACAAAAUCGUUCUCAGGGUACUCCUACGGGACGCGUGACGACUCCGUGCUUGUUCUGUAACAGAGUCAAUCACGAAAGUACCAAUUGUGAAACGAUUUGUACCUGGAAGGGACGAAAAGAAUGCCUGGAACGUAGCCGCCGCUGCAAUGCGUGUGGUUCAUUGGAGCAUGUAUAUAGCGCUUGCCAAGCGCGAUUCGGUACAUGCACCGCAUGCGGUAAGAUCGGGCAUUAUGCGCUGAUGUGCUCGAAACAUAUGCAGGAAAUCGCAGCUCGCGUCGCUAGUCGCCGAGACCAAUCAGGAAUUGGAGGAGGUCGUCGUCAGAAAUGAUGAGAUUAUAAUACGACUAAAAGACGUGGUUCCCCGACGAGCAGACAACUUCUGAAACGUUUACUUUCAUAUAAUUAUUAAUUACUCGAUUUAUCAUAUUCUCACUUUAUUCUGUUUGAAUUAUUAUCGAACGUAUUAUUUUUUAUUAUGCACAAUAUUAUAUUUUGUAUUCGCAUACCUACUUAUUCUUAUUUUUAAUAAACGUGUAUUUGUACGUGUUUUUUGUAGCGUUAUCUUAUUGGUUGAUUUCAAAACCAUCUUUUAUCGACUAGGCUAAUUUCGUUCGUUUCUCAGUGAGUUAGGGUUCGAUUCUCAUCUGUCUGCUUCAGGGAAAUUUAGGGAAUACGUUGAAUAAUUUUUCACAACCGUUACAACUGUGACGCACUUCGGCAAACGUGACUAAUGGGCCAAUCACAGAUGACGAACAAUGUCAACAAGUGACGCUAUUGGGCGGAAGAUUCUAGAAUAAUGUGGCAGUAGAAAUCCGCUAACCAGAUGUCGGUAACGAUUGGUAGUUUGGUACUCGUACUUCAAUUCCUUUGUGUCGUCUGACUUGAACGGUAAAACUUGAGAUUCGUGUGAUAUAAACUUACGCUUUUUUAUUCAAAAUUAACCUUUUGCAAUUGUAAUUUUGUUUAUUUAAUUAUUUAUUUUCGUGUUUGAAUUAUUCAG